AUGAAGGAUAUUCUCAAACGUGCUGGCAUGGUGGACUGCAAGCCAGUAAUCACGCAUGUCUCUUCUGCGAAAAUCACAGACGAAGUGGUCGUCCCCUAUGCCAAUCCAACACAAUACAGGAGUCUUACUGGUGCUCUCCAGUAUCUUACGGUAACUCGUCCGGAUCUAUCUUAUGCUGUUAAUCUCUUGUGUCAACAUAUGCAUGCUCCCACUACUAUAGAUUGGGCCUCUCUAAAGAGAGUCCUGCGGUAUGUCAGAGGCACCCUGAAUCUUGGCCUGCAUAUUUCUCGAUCUACAUCUAUGGAUAUUCACUCCCAUUCUGAAUCAGAUUGGGCUGGCGAUCCGAAUGAUCGCAAAUAUACUAAUGGCUUUGCUGUGUUCUUGGGCAGUAAUCUUAUAUCUUGGGUUUGUCGGAAGCAAUGGACUGUGGCACAUUCUUCGACUGAAGCAGAAUACAAGGGACUCGCUGAUGUAUCUAUAGAAGUUACAUGGCUCGUUUCUCUGUUACACGAAAUCGGCAUCCCUCCUGCGUCUCCUCCUCGACUAUGUUGGGUGAGAUCAACAUCAGACAUCGAUGAGGAUACUGCUACUGACCCUGUCACUGUACUGCCAUGCAACACGUACAAGCUUCUAGAACGAGAAGCUUUCAUGAAAACAAGAGAACCUUUUAUGACCUAA